AUGGCCACCCUCCCAUGGCCACCCGCCCAUGGCCACCCGCCCAUGGCCACCCUCCCGUGGCCACCCGCCCAUGGCCACCCGCCCAUGGCCACCCGCCCAUGGCCACCUGCUCAUGGCCACCCUCCCAUGGCCACCCGCCCAUGGCCACCCGCCCAUGGCCAGCCACCCAUGGCCACCCGCCCAUGGCCAGCCACCCAUGGCCACCCGCCCAUGGCCAGCCACCCAUGGCCACCCGCCCACAUAAAGAGUGCUGGUAAAGAUCAGACUGCUUCCCCACACCACCGCUGUGGAUCACAGAGCGCCCCCCACCACCGCUGUGGAUCACAGAGCGCCCCCCACCACCGCUGUGGAUCACUGAGCGCCCCCCACCACCGCUGUGGAUCACAGAACGCCCCCCACCACCGCUGUGGAUCACAGAGCGCCCCCACCACCGCUGUGGAUCACAGAGCGCCCCCCACCACCGCUGUGGAUCACAGAGCGCCCCCCACCACCGCUGUGGAUCACACGGCGCGCCCCCCACCACCGCUGUGGAUCACAGAGCGCCCUCCACCACCGCUGUGGAUCACACGGCGCGCCCCCACCACCGCUGUGGAUCACAGAGCGCCCCCCACCACCGCUGUGGAUCACACGGCGCCCCCCACCACCGCUGUGGAUCACAGAGCGCCCCCACCACCGCUGUGGAUCACAGAGCGCCCCCCACCACCGCUGUGGAUCACAGAGCGCCCCCACCACCGCUGUGGAUCACGAGCGCCCCCCACCACCGCUGUGGAUCACAGAGCGCCCCCCACCACCGCUGUGGAUCACAGAGCGCCCCCCACCACCGCUGUGGAUCACAGAACGCCCCCACCACCGCUGUGGAUCACAGAGCGCCCCCCACCACCGCUGUGGAUCACAGAGCGCGCCCCCACCACCGCUGUGGAUCACAGAACGCCCCCACCACCGCUGUGGAUCACACGGGGCCCCUCACCACCGCUGUGGAUCACAGAGCGCCCCCACCACCGCUGUGGAUCACAGAACGCCCCCACCACCGCUGUGGAUCACACGGGGCCCCUCACCACAUCAGUUCAACGGUUCUAUCCGGCUCUUGUCUCUCUCUGA